CCUGCAUACACACUAUCACAGUAUCACGUCAGUUACUUUAGGACAACAGACCAGAUUGCUUUUACAGCAGACAGACACUGAGAGAUUGAACCAGUGAAUGCAAGAAGAAGAAAAGGAAGAAGAGACAGAGGAAGCUCACAUAGAGCCUCUCUUUAUUAAGAAGGCACAUCGUGGGACGGACAGUAGCAGCCAACCAGAAGAGUGUUAAGUUUCUGAGCCUCACUUCCUCUACUUGGCACCUCAGUGGUCAUCUCCCUGUUCACCUCCACUCCAAAGUGCUGAGAUGAUUGUGGAGGUCUGCCUGAUCCUGUGGCUGACAGGUCACGGAGUGAAUGCAGUAUUCUCACAGCAGCCUCAGGACUUGGUGGUAGUAGCUGGUCAACCCGUUACACUGUCCUGCUCCAUACCUGGUUACCAUGGCGUUGUGUUGUGGAUCAAAGAUGGCCUCGCUCUGGGCGUUGGAAGAGACCUUUCAGGAUAUCCACGUUACGCUGUGGUCGGGGAUCACGGAUCUGGUGAGCACCACCUGCGAAUCCAAAGGGUGGAGCUGAUGGAUGAUGCUGUGUUUGAGUGCCAGGCGAUCCAGGCUGCCAUGAGGUCCCGUCCCGCCCGACUCACUGUGCUAGUUCCACCUGAUGAUCCAGUCAUUACCGGAGGGCCUGUUGUGAGCCUUAGAGUGGGAGACCCUCUCAAUCUGACCUGUCAUGCAGACAACGCCAAACCUGCUGCCUCCAUCAUCUGGAUCCGAAACGGAGAGGUGCUUAAUGGAGCCAUGUAUUCUAAGACUCUUCUAAGAGAUGGACGAAGAGAGAGCACCAUGAGCAACCUCUACAUUUCGGCAUCAAACACUGAAUCUGGACAGAAGAUCAUCUGCCGAGCUUCCAACAAGGCCGUGCCCAAUGGCAAGGAGACCAGUGUCACUAUUGACAUCCAACACUUACCUUUGGUUAAUCUAUCUGUGGAGCCUCAACCAGUUUUGGAGGGAAACCUUGUAAAAUUUCAUUGCUCAGCUAAAGCAAAUCCACCAGUCACCCAAUAUAGGUGGGCUAAAGGAGGAAGUGUGAUAAAGGAAGUGUCAGGAGACACUUAUGAGGUCAUUGUGGACCACUCGUUCUUCACAGAGCCAGUAUCCUGUGAGGUCACCAACCCACUAGGGACCACCAACAUCAGUCGCAAUGUGGACGUCUACUUUGGACCUCGGAUGGCUGCAGAGCCCCAGUCUUUACAGGUUGACUUGGGGUCAGAUGCUAUUUUCAACUGUGCCUGGACAGGAAACCCCUCUUUAACGAUUGUAUGGAUGAAAAGGGGCUCUGGAGUGGUGCUAAGCAAUGAGAACAUCCUGACACUGAAAGCUGUCAGGCAAGAGGAUGCUGGGAAGUAUGUGUGCCGUGCGGUGGUCCCUCGAGUUGGUAUGGCAGAGAAGGAAGUCGCUCUCACUGUAAACGGACCUCCAACCAUCUCCAGCACACAGACCCAUCAGGCUCCUCAUGGCGAAAAGGGACAGAUCAAAUGUUUCAUCCGCAGCACGCCACCCCCAGACCGCAUUGCCUGGUCGUGGAAAGAGACUGUCCUGGAGUCGGGGACAUCAGGUCGCUACACUGUGGAGACUGUGAGCACAGAAGACGGAGUGCUUUCCACCCUCACCAUGAGUAACAUUGUACCUGCAGACUUCCAGACCAUAUACAACUGCACUGCCUGGAACAGCUUCGGCUCCGAUACAGAGAUCAUCCGCCUCAAGGAACAAGAAUCCCUCCCUGUUGCUGUGAUCAUUGGAGUGGCAGUUGGUGCUUUCGUCGCUUUCAUCGUCCUCAUGGGAACCAUUGGAGCAUUCUGCUGCACGCGCUCUCAGAGAAAAGACGCUCACCUGGUUAUACCUACUCUGCCCACCUCCAUCUGUGCUCAGCAGAGAGAACUUGCAAGCAAACUUAAGACAGAAAAUCUCAAAGGCGUGGUAUCAGCCAAGAAUGACAUUCGUGUGGAGAUUUUGCAUAAAGAUCACAAUGCAGCGCGAGAAAACGAGGAGCACUCUGCUAUGAAACAGCUUAUGAUUGAACGGGGAGAGUUUCAACAGGAGUCUGCUUUGAAACAACUUGAGGUACUUCAGGAAGAGGAGAAAGAGUACCAGCACAUCAAGGAUCCCACUAAUGGAUACUACAGUGUGAACACAUUUAAGGAGCAUCAUGGCACCCCGACCAUCACACUGGCAGGAAACCAAACCACCGAGAUCCGCAGAGAUCCUGGCACGGCCACCACCAGCAAGCAACGGGUUCCCACAGGAAUGUCCUUCACCAACAUCUACUCUACCUUGGGUGCUGGACCUAACCGCCUGUACGACUACAGCCAACGGUUUGUGUUGGGCAUGGGCAGCAGUUCCAUCGAGCUGUGUGAGCGAGAAUUCCAGCGGGGAUCGAUGAGUGACUCCAGCUCUUUCCUAGAUACACAAUGCGACAGCAGUGUCAGCAGUUACAGCAAGCAGGACGGCUAUGUGCAGUUCGACAAGGACAGCAAGGCCUCAGCCUCCUCUUCAUCCCAUUACUCUCAAUCAUCAUCCCAGAACUCAGACCUUACGCGGCCCCUGCAGAAACGCAUGCAGACCCAUGUCUGACCCGGGCUGGCUCGAGGUGGACAGAAGACAGAGGGUUAAAGGAAUCCAGUGCUGGGUUUAGCCAAAUGGGUUUGAAACCCCCCAGACAAGUAUCAGGAACCAAUUCAAGCACAUCUAGCACACCAGUUUUAUUUUCUCCUCUACUUUAUUUGCUUUUAUUUCUUUCCUAUGUUUGUAAAACUUUUAUUUACAGCUCUGAAAAGCCUUACCAUUUUCAGAACGUUGCUUGAGCCCAUGGACUACCUUUCCCAAUGCCCUAAAUGUCUGGGCCAAGAACUUUCUCAAAUCAAUGGUGUACCACAGUGACAUUUCUUGCCCAUAUAGAAAGAUAUUAGGACAUGAGAACUGAAUCAAUGUCCUUACUAUAGUUGAAGCUCUGAAUGAGUGACCUUGUCAGAGGGAAAACAUUGCAACUGGGCUUGUAAAAAUGCCAUAUAUUUGGUCUUUGAAGAGAGCUAACGAAGGCUACUCUCCUAACCUCCCUAGUGCAGACACUUAUCUCCAUUAGAAGACAGUGCUCUGUUGAUCCUGUACAGUUAAGCACAACUGUCAAUGUUGUAUCUAAGAUUCCUCAAUGUAUCUAAUUUACUACAGCUAGCUAAACAAAAGGAUAAAAAAAAAAAGAAAAGUACAAAAAAGACA